AUGCGGGUGCUGCUGGAGGAGACCGGGGAGAUGUUCCAAGUGACAAACUGCCGCAGCGACAUGACGGUGCGGGAGCUCAAGGAGGAGCUGGACCUCACCGCCGGCAUCCCCUUGGACCUGCAGCGGCUCCAGUAUCUGGACCAAGGAAUUUUGAUGGAUGAUACUACGUUGCAGUUCCAUGAUGUUGUUCCUGGUGGAAUUAUUUCAUUAUGUGUCUGGCGCCAUGAUGGAUGGACGGAACUGGUUUUGGCGGCUGUGGAAGGGGAUCCCAGUAAGAAAAGCUAUUUUCUCUCUUCAAAACACCGACAGGAAGAACUUCCUGCCUCCCGAGCCUGCCCGAUGCUCUCCUGCCUCGGUGUCGACGAAGAUUCUCUUUACCAAACUGCAAAUUCGCAGCGUUUGGAGCACAAGCAGUGGAAGGCCUGGAUCGCUCACAGAGCGUUCGUGGCCUUGUACGUUACGUCUCACAGAGGCCACUCGGAUGCCGUGCAGUACCUUCUAGAACAUGGGGCCAGCUGUCUCAGCCAAAGCCCCAUGGGCAGGACAGCCCUGCAUGUGGCCGCAGCCAUGGGCCGUCUGGACUGUAUCAACCACCUGCUGAACCAUGGAGCCUCCAUCAAUGAAAGAGAUGCCAGGGGGGAGACCCCCAUGUCCCUCGCCCGGCGCCUGAACCGCAGGCACAGUGAGCAGCGUAUGUUCCUCUUCUACUGGAUGGCGAAGUCAGGGACAAAAGACCCAAAGAACUUGACCGAGAACAAGGUUCUUCUCAGGGCAAAGUCCAAGUCAGGCUCCAAGAAGAGCCAAGUUUGA